UGAUGGAUCAAUACAAUCACUAGCAGAAAUACAAAAUGAUGGCAAACCAAAAAUAGUUACCAAAAAAUUGCUUGGGAUUGAAAUACGAAAGCCAGCAACAUUGAUUUUAAACAAAGUUAAUGAAAGUUAUAAUGGAACAUACCAGUUUGCACUUAAAACAGCUCUAACGACCAUAUCUUCUGUUUCCGUUUUUAUCACAAAAACGCCAUUGGUAACAGUCAAUUGUUCCCGUUAUGUCAGAAAAAAUAUAAGCGAUGUCUUCUCGUGUCCAUGCGAAGGACAAGGUGGCAAUCCUCCUGCCAGAGUUACCUGGUAUAAAGAUAAUAAAAAGAUUAGCGACACAGGAAAAGAAAGUCAAUUAUUAAUGUUCCGUGUCAACAGUAAAAGUGAUAGUGGGGAGUAUACUUGUGAAGCUAAAAGCCACGAAAACGCAGUGAAUAAAACAGUUAUUGAGUUGAUUGUGAAUUAUCCACCUGAAGAGACAAAAAUAACGUUUACAAGAAACGCUGAUAAAUCAGUUACUGUAAAAUGUUCAGCUCAGGGGGAACCUGCACCAAGCUAUAAAAUAUUCUUCAAUGAUACUAAGUUACUGGCCAGUAGCAAUACCUAUAAAAUACCUGAGGUGAACAAUAAUACUGUUGGAUAUUAUAAAUGUGUUGCAAAGAACAUUCUUGGAGCUGAUUCUUCACAGCCAAAAUAUUUAUCCAUAACAGGUAAGCUAUUCAUUUUCUCGAGAUGUAGGAGCACGUGCAGAUCAAUUAUUUGUCUGAGAUUCAAAGGGUUUUUUGAGAGUUUUGGAUAAUUGUAUUCUAAAAUUGCCAUUCUUUGCCUAUUAGCUCAUUUAUAUACAACAUUGCUGACUAGGAGUAGAAAAAUAUUUUCCCACAUGCAAGUACACCCUAAACCUAUUUAAAUUAUCUAAGAUUUUUACGACUGGUAUUA